CGAGCGCUGGUUACACCUGUUUUCUCAGGUAAACCGACAGUUUCUCGCGAUCCCGGACUUCGUCUCACCGCAUGGACGUUACGCGCUGCUGGAGAGGGCUUUGAAGUGAAACUUCCUACAAACUAAGAAAGACUUUAUUAAGUCAAUAAAAAUACCAAGAUGAAUGAAAAGGACAUUGAACAAGGCGGAGUUGCCGUGAUGCCGAAAACAGAUCUGAGCUGGAUUCCAGGUUUCUUUAAAAAGAGAGUGUGCACAACAUUUGUGGAGGACUCUUUCAGCAAUGGUGGUCUGUGUCAGUGUGGGUCCACGCGAGACACGCACCCCUCAGUGGCCCUGGGCGAUAACUUCAGCACAGCCAUGGUCAGUCACUGGGAAAGCACACAGCACUCCUCCGAACAGCCCACAGACGCCUAUGGAGAGCUGGAGUUUGCUGGGGCCGGCAAGAGACACAGCUAUUUUUUGCGUCUCUCCAGCACUACUGAUUCUUCCAGUGUCUUCAAUAUCAUGAGGGAGCAUUGGAAACUGCCGCAGCCCAACCUGGUGGUGUCAGUGGUUGGUGGUGAGAAAAAGUCAGAGGUCAAGACCUGGGUGCGAGACGUGCUGAGGCAGGGGCUGGUAAAAGCUGCACAGAGUACAGGUGCGUGGAUCAUAUCCGGAGGUUUGAUGGAAGGCCUCGGCAGGUGUGUAGGAAAAGCUGUGAAAGAUCAUGCCACUGCAACGUCUUCUGUCACUCUCAGUAAAGUGGUACUUAUAGGCAUCGCUCCCUGGGGCCUGGUGAAGAAUCGGGAACAGCUCGUCAACCCUGAGGGAAGUUUCCCCGCAAAGUAUUUAGUCAAAAACGGAGCACGGGACUCUUGCUAUCUGGAUAAUAAUUACAAGGCUUUCCUUCUGGUGGAUGAUGGGACCAUAGGGCGUAAAGGUGGUGAGGUUGCCUUCAGAGCCCGUCUGGAGGAUUACAUUUCACGUCAGCGCACAGGCAGUGCAAGUAUCGACAUUCCUGUUCUGAAUAUGCUGAUAUCUGGAGAAGCUUCCAUGCUGGAGGCAUUAGAUAUCUCUCUGAAGAAUUCAAUGCCCUGGUUGGUCCUGGCUGGUUCAGGGGGGCUUGCCAAUCUUGUGUGUGACAUCGUGGAGAACGUGCAAUCUGCUCCGAUGCCCUCAACUGGAGGAGCAGAGAAGGAGGAAGGGACUCCCAGCAUGGAGCUUAGAGAACGAUUGGCGGAGAAAGUAAAGAUAUACUUUCCUUCAGAGCAGGAGAUGGACAAACAUGUUGAUAGGGUUUUCAGCAUCUACCAAAACAAAGACCUCAUCUGCAUUUAUAACGUGGAACAGGAAGGAGCGGAUGAUUUUGACACUGUGAUGCUUAAAGUCCUUGUUCAAGCGAGUAAAAAACAUGCUACGGGCAAUUCUAAUCCCUAUACUGAUGAGUUGAAACUUGCUGUAACAUGGAACAGAGUGGACAUUGCCAAGAGUGAACUCUUCAAUGGAAACAUCGACUGGAAGUACGAUGAUCUGAAAGAUUCCAUGAAUGACGCGCUGAUGAACGAUAAACCCCAGUUUGUUCGUCUCUUCAUCGAUCAUGGUCUGAACAUUUUGAGCUACCUGACUUACGAAAAACUGGAAGAACUUUACAACUCCAUCCCUGACAACAGCCAGGCCGGCAAACUGCUGCGUCAUAUCCUGAAGGAGCGCAGGAACGAGUCCAGCAAUGAUAAGAAAUGCAGCAUUAGCAUUUAUGAGGUGUCCCAACUCCUGGAGCUUCUGUUAGGGGAGGUAUGCCAUCCCUUCUACAAGUCUGUACUGAUGGUGAACAGUAAUUCAACCAAAAGAAAAGCUUUUAAGAAAGCAUGCCAGGUCCUGCAGGGGGAGUGUAGCUAUCGGAAGCUGCAGUGUGAGCACGCGUGGUUAUGUCUCUUCAUCUGGGCAGUGCUGCAGAACCGCAGUGAGAUGGCCAUCUUCUGCUGGGAAAUGUGCGGCGAGUCGGUACUGACGGCUCUGGGAGGAUGUAAACUGUUGAGGGAGCUGUCUAAACAGGAGAUUGAGACAGAGGCCAAGCUUUCCAUGAAGGAGUUGGCCCAGAAGUUUGAGAAUAUGGCUCAUGAUGUGUUUAGCAUGUGCUACCAAACCAAAGCCAGUGAUUCCUUUAAGCUACUGAUUCGCAAGUCUAAAAUGUGGGGUGAUGCCACCUGUCUGAAGAUGGCCAUGGCUGCUGAUGCCCGUGUUUUCUUCAGCCACGAUGGAGUACAGUCGCUGCUGUCUCAGAUUUGGUGGGGUCAGAUGGAGAGAGGAACUGAGCUCUGGAAACUUGCACUGGCUACGAUCAUUCCUCCUCUAGUCUACACCAACCUCAUCAAAUACAGGAAAGAGGGUCACACAGAAGACAAAUCGGUGAUGGUACCUCCACCCUCAGCAACAGACUGUCACUACACAGAAACUGUCUUCUCCUUCAAUGACAUCAAACACCAUGAAGCAGAGCAAGAGGAUCAUAUCAGACGACCAACAAAAGGUAUUUUUGCACAUGGCAAAUCUAAGGAGCCCUUUCUGUUUUCCCGCUGGAGGCAGUACUGGUACGCUCCUGUCACUUCAUUUAUCGGCAACGUUCUGAUGUACUUCCUGUUCCUGUUUCUGUACGCCUACGUGCUAUUGGUCGACUUCAAGCCACCUCCCCCUGAUGGUCCUGCCCCUUCGGAAUUGGUGCUGUAUUUCUGGGUUUUCACUAUCGUGUGUGAGGAGAUUCGAGAGGCGUUUAUUGUGGGCAGUAAGACUUUUACUCAGAGUUUGAUGCUGUAUGCUCAGGAUGUGUGGAAUAAGUGUGAUAUUCUUGCCAUCUCCCUCUUCAUGGCUGGUCUGUGCUGCAGGAUGUUCAAAUCGUCAUACAGCAUGGGACGUGGUAUACUGUGUAUUGACUACAUGGUCUUCACACUCCGACUCAUUCACAUUUUCGCCGUUCACAGACAGCUGGGUCCCAAAAUCAUCAUACUUGUCAAAAUGAUAAAGGAUGCGUUCUUCUUCUUAUUCUUUCUGGCGGUGUGGCUGAGUGCGUAUGGAGUGGCCAAUCAAGCUCUACUAUAUACAUACGAUCCAAACCCCACCAGAGCGUUUCGUCGAGUAUUGUACAGACCAUAUUUGCACAUAUUUGGACAGAUCCCUGUGGAAGAAAUAGACACUGGCAAGUAUUGGGAUAGGGACUGCACAGAUAAUCUCACAUUGAUUAAUGAAGGGAAAGAGCCAUGUAGAGACACCAGCCACAACUGGCUUGUGGUCAUUUUGCUGGUCAUCUUCCUACUGGUCACCAACAUCCUACUCAUCAACCUGCUUAUUGCCACAUUCAGCUAUACAUUCUCUAAGGUUCAGGAGCGCAGUGACGCAUACUGGAAGUUUCAGCGCUAUAAUCUAAUAGUGGAGUAUCAUUCUCGUCCAAAUCUCGCUCCACCCUUCAUCAUCCUAUCCCACAUCAACCUCUUUAUCAAAAGAAACAUCCGCAAAGUGCCAUCCACCAAAAUCCAGCAUUUUGCUCUUGAUUUGAAGGGUAGAGAGGCUAACAAGCUGGUGAAAUGGGAGACCUUGCAGAAGGAGAACUACCUGGCUUUCGAGAGCAAAAAACAAAAAGGGACCGACUCUGAGAGGCUGAAACGCAUGAGUGCUAAGGUGGACGGUGUCCUCAAACAGGUUUGCGAGAUCAAAGAUGUUGACCGCAGACUGCGAACAUUAGAAUCAGAGAUGGAGUUCUGUGCAUCUUCUCUUCAGUGGAUGAUGGAAGCUAUGUCUCAAAGCAGUACGGCGAAGGGCACUAAAGCACACCCGACACGCAAAGCUGUUGUUUCAGCCUCCCUUGACAAAUGACAAGAGCCUUUCUGCUGUAUUCGUCUUCACUCUCACGGACACAUUCAGCAAGAAGCCACCGAGAGCCUGUUAAAGGAGGGGUGAUGACUUGUCAGAAAACUACUCUCAUUGUUCUGGUUUCCAUUUUUAAAUUGUUCAUCCUGGCCUUUUCAUGGUUCAUCCUGCUCUUUCGACUUUAGUACUCCCAAAUGACCUGUCCCCGUUUUCCAUGUGAUUGUGGGACUGACUGGAGUAAAAGAAUAGGGCACAGAAUGUCCUUGAACUUACUGUACACUGAAAGGUCUGUUAUGUCAUCAUGUUACAUUCAUAGAUUAAGCAAAUAAUAGUUUUAUUGUCGGUACAUUUUUAAAAGGUCAAUGCGAUUGUAUUCAUAGAAUCUGAUUUUUACAGAGAUAUAAGUUUAUUUAGAAGAAAGCGACCUGGCUUUAAAGCUUCAGUGGGAACAAAGCAUUUUAGAACUUAUGCAAUCAACGUAUUAUAUUUCUUAUUGGUUGCAAACAACAAAAACAAAAAAAACACUUUACAUUUAUUGAUUAUUUAAUCUUGGCAAAUGUUACAGUACAUCAAAUAAGCCUAAUGUUCAAAAGGAUAUUUUUUUAUAUAAAAUCCAAUAGAAGAGAGUGCAUCUACUGUUAGUUAAACUGCUUCUAGUGUUCUCAUUUGGAUAAAAGCGUCUGCUAAAUAAAUACAUGUAAAUGUGGAGAAGUAUCCAGUCAAGGUGCUCUAUGGUCUAGAGUUUUUAGUAGUCCAUCAAAGAAAACUUUAGGAUGACCAUGGCACUCUUACAUAUUAAAAAAAGCCCUUUAUCAUUAGAUGCCUUCCUCAGGGAGAGCAACUCAACAUCUCUGCCACAACUGCAAGCAGUUUCAUUCAUUAAGACAUCCGAUUAGUUUACACUUUUCAUGUGAUCAAAUUCUAUUUAGAAACACCACUUCAUUACCCUUCUCCCAAAAAUAAACAUCACAAUAAAGGAGUAAAAUCCAAGUCUUCGUUCAAUCCUGGAUAUAAAUUAGCCUUUCAUUUAUAAAUCCAAAAUGUCUCCCUCUGAUUCAGUUUAGUUCUCUAUUCCCGUUCCUGUUCACAUGAUCAACAUACUCAGGAUAGAAGGGUUACUGUUAUGCAUUUAUUUAUAUUUAUAUUCUAUCCUGGCAUAUUUAUGUUCAGCCAAUCGUCUUUUUGUUAUUCCGAUAUAAAAUACUUUACAUUGAGGACAUUCCAGUUUAUAAAUUACAUGAGUAGUUUGACAAUCAAUACAGUGUUUAAUUUUUUUAUAGAUUAAAAAAUGUUUUGUCUGUACAUCUAGAAACGUUUUAUCUUGUACAACAUAAUCACAAUGAUUAGAGUGAUGGCAUUUAAAGCAACCGUUAGGUUUAACCCCUAACCAGGAGCUUCCUCGAGUGGGCGGGAAAUGUCUAUGAACUCAUUUGUAACUUUUUUGAAACAAACAAACAAAAAAAAAAAUUAUCAUUAGAGGAUCUGGAAAUAUAUUUCUCAAAAAUUCAUCACUUUGUAAAAUAAUUCCCUAAUUUAUUUUUUAUAAGUCCUUAAAUUUUUUCAGCGAAAUUUUUUAAGAUAAUUUCACUGUAUUAGUUGACAAAACAAACAAAUGAAACAUCUAGAAUUGAGCGUUUUUCACAGUCGAACAAUAAACAGAUUGACGCAGUGAAUGUUUACAUUUUAAAUAGCAAAAUAUUUUUUAUUUUUCGUAUUGCAUGCUGUAACAAUGUUCUUUUUCUUGUUGUGGUAAGAGAGAAAAGAUGUGAAAAUAAACAGUUUAUAUUAAAAAAAAACAAUGUUAUUGGA